GGAGCGCUAGCACGUCUUUGUCAAGUCGGAUGGCGCGCGAAACUGCUUGAUGUACGCCAAACAAACGUAAGCCACUCUUGUUUGGCGACAUCGCCACAAGUGCUAAAUACAAGACGCAAGAAAGCUUAGUGUGUUUAAAAGAAUAAAUAUGAUUUCUUUCGAUAAGAUAGAUUUCACGAACGUGUUGUUUUGUGUGUAAUUCGUGGCACGGCUGAAAAUCGUUCGCAUGUUUUCUCUUUCGUAGCAAUUUCGGUGAAUUCUAUUGACCGAGUGCAUCGGACAUAUUCGUUUCGAGGGUGAAAUUUUUACAAAAUUACGAGGAGAGUCGUGCGACAUUGUAAGUGAGACGAUUUAAGAACUGCAUAAGCAUGAACGGGAAGACAUGAACAGUAAUCGGUAAUCAUAUGGAGAAAGAAAGAAAAAGGACGAAAAAUAAAAGACACGACGAGAUGGCUACGAACAUGACUACGUUUUUCUCGAAAAUGCUGAAGACAUUGCGGGAAAACAGCGGUGUCAAAGAGAAGCGUGAAGCUUUAACCUAUAUUUCCAGUCAAGCUAAGAAAUUGGAAUUAAGUGGUGUUAUUAAAGAAGAUCGUUAUAAGGAACUAUGCAGAUUGGUUAUAGAAUCAUUUACAAAAGAAGAAGGUAUGCAGUAUGAGGCAUUAGGAGCACUUACUGCUAUUGUGCAAGAAUUUCAAGCACAUUCCUUAUGUCUUUUUGAAUCAAUAUUACGGACAAAUAAGAAGAUAAGAUUGAAAAUACUCAAAUUAUUAGAAGUAGUAGAAGACAAUGCUAUUUCUGCAGCUGCUAAUGAUGGACAGGCUUUGAAUUUUUUUAAGGACUGUAUGAUUAGUGUACAGCCUAAUUUAAUGGAAUGGAUAACACCCACAGCAUGUAUAGAUAACUUACAGAUAUUAACUAAAGUUGAACAUCAUGUAUUAUCUGAUGAACAAAAAUUAGAAGAGGAUACAAUCACUUAUUCACUUACUCUUUUGAAGAGAUUAUACAGACUAGCUGCUGUAACAUUUGAUCAAAAUAUGGAGAAGUUUGAUACAUUAUUGAUGGAUAAGGUUGUAACAUUAGCCUAUAUGGGACACAAACGUCAGCGUGGUAUUGCUCUGAAAGUCAUGCAGCAAGCUAUUGCAACUAAUUCGUCACUUCGUAUUUGUAAAGAAUACCCUGAACUAUGGGCUCAGUAUAAAUCCAAUUUACAAUCUGUAUAUUGUAAACGCAUGUUUCUUUUGGUAGCAGCAUGUGAAACAGAUUGGAGCAUUCAAUGGAAUAUCACUAUCCAGCUACUUGGUGCAGAUCUUCAUCGUGGUGCUAAUCUUAUAAACAGUUUAUUGAGUGUAGAAGAAAAGGCUUUUAAAUCUACCGAUACUAUUAUACGCAGACAAGCUUUCCUCUCGUGGAAAUUACUAAUUGACAACUUUGCUUUAGACUACCAAGAACUUGCUACUGCUAGAAGAAUAAAAUUACUUUGUAUUCCACUAAAUGCUAAGAACAGUAAAACGGAAUUAAUUGCAUUGACAAAAUUAGAAGUUUGGUGGCACUUAAUUAUCAAAUUGUAUAAAGAUAUUGCACAAUUUGUUACUCCUGUUAUUACACAGUUUUUAAAUUUCUGCUUUGGGCCACUUGGAGAUACACCAUUGCUUUCUUCCAAAUUUGAUGUUAUUGGCUCUCCUGGCAAGAGAUUUUUGAAGACAAAAUUGGUUGCUAUGGAUGCCUUGUAUCAAUUGGUUGUUUCAAGAGAAGAGAAUUCUACAGUCUGUGCUUCGAUGUUAGAAGAAAGACUUCCUCAUGCUAUAUCUUACACAGUCUUUCAAGAAUGCUCCAAAACCAUUACCCACAGUAUAGGAGAGGCAUUACUCAUUCUUGGACAACUUGUAGAUCAAGAAAUGAAAAAUCGUUAUCAGUUUGGAAAAAUGUUAUGGACAAGCUUGAUUGCAUAUAUUAAAAAUGUAGAUCUCGAGAAAAAGGACCAUCUAUACAGAGAUGUGAUAUUAAUUAUAAUUGAAUUGGGGAACCAUUUUGAUAAACCCAUGGUGAAAGAUAUGAUUUUCAAUGUAGUUUUGCCAGAUCUUGUUCAAAUUGUUAAAACUACUGAGUUUAUUGACAGUGCAUUAUCAGAAUUGGUGUUGAAAGUGUUAUCACUUCCAGUACUCCAUGAAGUGCCAGAGACUUUCAAUUGCAAUGAAAUUGAGUGCCUUCUUGAGAAAUGUGUUGAGUCGGAGAUUAUAUGUCCCUCGGGUGUGCUUAAAUUUCUGCAAACAAUAAUGUUAAAUUUGAAAACAGCGAGCGAUACACAUAAAAAUAUGAUAUUUUAUCCUACAUUUUACGUAGAACUGUGGGCUAUAAUAACAAAAACAUUGACAAAGUAUAUAAUAAACUCUAACAAGAUUAAUGAAGGUGAUAAAAACAUACAUAACUUUAAAACCGUGAAAUCGGUUUUGUCAUUUCCAUUUCAAUAUAUAGUUCUAGAAAAUUCUCAGACGCAAAAUCAAGCAAUGAUAUGGAGAGCAUUAUAUAAUGAAUUCGAAAAGCAGUCAGCUUUGAUAAGUACAGUGAAGCCAAACGAGAUUGUAUUGGAUGUUACAAGUAUCAUGCAGACUUAUUUAAAUACAAACAAUUAUUUUUUUAUUUUAAUCUGCUUGGAUGGCGUAUUGAGUACUAUCAAUUAUAAGCACUUGCUGACACAAGAUGGAAUUCCAUCUAUCAUGCAAUUAACAAUAGAUGUAACAAUAAUUGCUCUUAAUAAUCAACAAAGUUAUAACUGUGAAAUAGCUCUGAAGAUAUUAUCGUCUAUGCUUGUUACUAUAUGUGGGCAUAAUCCACAUAAAGUAGUGCUAUAUCUGGAUGCUUGUAAAUCAGCAAUUGAACUUGCACUUAAGUCGCAAUUGAGGACACUUAAUACAGAAAUUGAAAACACUUGGCAGACUGUAAUUAGCAUUUUCAGAGGACUCGACAACUCAUUUUGGAAACUAUCCACGUUGUAUAAAGAAACGUUUAUAAUAGCUAUGAAUCACCCUAACUCACACAUACGAUCUUUGACUCCGUCUAUUCUCGGAAUUAAAGAAGGUUUCGACAAUACUGCUAAGCAUAAUCUGGAUGAAAUAGAAAAAAUAGCAAACAAAUCGCCGUCUUAUUCGAAACGUGAUAGUGUUACAAAGAAAACAGAAGAAAUGGGGAAAGCAAAAGAAGUGCAUGUAGUUGGCAGUUUCUUAAAUAGGAAAUCGAUUAAUACGAAGCCAAUACCUAGUAAAUCACUGGAGAAAGAUAACAAAAAAACUCUUUUACUGCCUGAUCCUGAUUCGCAAGAUUAUGUAUAUAUAAAAACAGAUUUGAAAUUUGACAUUAAUCGUUUGACGGAACAUCAAAAAGAAACUCUAAAGAAGAAGAGAGAAGAUAUACCAGCAUUGUAUAAUGAUUUGUCUCAAUCAUCUUCACAAAAUUCACAAAAUUUGCAGGAAUGGUUUGAUAUGAAAGCUAAACAUAUUAAUGAAUCGGACAAAAGUAGUAACAAAAAAAGCGAUUUUGUACAGAAACCCAUCAAUAGUGAUGCUAACAAAGAAAAUAAAAUAAUUGUUAUGCAAAGUGAACUUAAUUUGAUGGAUAAAAUGAUUAAUAAUAAUAAUAGUAAUAAAUUAGAUGGAAAUGUCGGAGACAACAUUGUUGAUACAAAGCAAAAGAAAGAUUCGGUGAAAGAAGCUGAGAAAAAAGAUUCGGGUUCACACGAUGAAAACACGUCUAAAGAAACCAAAAUGACUUCAUCAUCGUUUGCUGGAUUUAAUGUUAUAGAUGACGAUGAUACGAAUGUCGCGCAUUCAACAAUAUCUGUUGCGAAAAAAUUAAAUUUUGAGUCUAAGGAAGAAUUUCCUGCAGAUAAAAUGCACGAACGGCAAUCAUCACCGUCAAUGUUUGAUAGCGCUAAACGACGAUAUCGUAAUGACAAAAUCGAUAUGACAAGAUCGAAUUCAUCGUUAAAAAGUGACGAAACUGACGAGAGACAAAAAGAUUCAAGUAUAACAAAUAUUGUACAAAAAACAUUGAAAAAUAAUAAAGAGAAACCUAGUACUAGCAUUUCUCAGAAGCCGCGUGAUGACAGCGAUAUUACGGAAGACUCUAAUAAAAAAGGCAUUAAACGCAAGUAUGUGUCAGAUACAGAAUCAGAUGGAGGUACACAGUUUCGUCGAAAACGAAAAAUGAUUAAAUAUUCUAAAGACAUUAAUGACGACGAUAAGGAUAAGUCGCGAGAUAGCGACAGUACAUCAUUAGAUACAGCAGACAUGGAUGGUUUGACUCAACGUAUGAAAAAUGAAAUGUCUCGUUUAAAAAUUGACAUGGUAUUUGAUUGUCCCGCAGUAAAUCGUCGUCGCCUGAAACAUUUGGAUGAAGGAGAUAAAGAAACGGCGUUAAAGAGAACUUGGGCACCCGACGAGAAGGGUCUCAAAUUGAAAUUUUUGGAAGCAAAAUCCGCAGAAGCUUCUAAAAAAGUUCUAAAAACAACGGAGAAAAAUAUAAAGGAUACGAAGGACGGAAAAGAAGGAAACGAUACGAGUCAAGGAGUAGUUAAGAAACGAGGUAGGAGAAGUAUUAGACAAGAUCCUGAUAAAAAUGACUCUGAUGUUACCAAAGAAACUAAAAACUCUAAUGAUAUUGAUAAAGUAUCUCCAUCGAAGAAUUCAGCUGACAUAGAUACGACAUGUGUGGUUCUGACUAGCCAAGUGGAACAAGAUAUUUCUGGUAGAAUCGAAGAUGAAAGACUCGAUAAAAAUGAUUCCAAAUCUAUUUCUAACAAAAACAAAGAAUCUUCCAUGGUUCCUGAAACAAAGGAGUUGAGUCAAGACGAAGUAGAAGAUGUUGUUGAAAGUUCACAAUCUCCUAACGUUGAUAUAAAAUUAAGUAAAAAGUGUGGCGAGAAACAGUGUUUCAUAAAGAUUAAUAAAAUAACGAAUAUUCACGCUGUUAAAGCUUCCGACGUGAUUGUUGAGAAAAAUUAUGUACCUGAUUCUAUCCCCGUGGAUUCUGGUGAUAAUAAUGUGCCUGAUCCAUGUGAACAAUUAAGUGAAGUUGAUAUUGAUAACAAUAAAGAAAUAAACGACGUAGAAAAUAAAGAUGAUACGUGUGAAGACGCAAUUCAGGAAACUGACAAUUCCAACACGAAAAUUCUGGUUGUGGAAGGUCAGAAAACAACCGACAGUUCUCUGUCGAUUAAGCCUACAGGUACAACUAGUUUUUCUUCACCAAAAGGUAGCAGCAAAGUAUUUUCCAAACUUAAAUCUUUCACGGCUCACGGACGCGCUGCUCACAUGCUAGGUUUAGUUACGAAGCAAUCACGGAUCGAAGCUGGUAGUUCAAUCAUUGAGGAUGACUCGUCAGUUAAGAAAUCAAGGACCAAAGAUGUGGAAAGUGAAACGCUGGCGAGUAAAAAAGUUUCCACGGUUAAAGAGACGGAUAAAAUAGGUGGGCCUUCUGGUAGUCGGCAAGAAAAAAUUUUUAAUAACAUGAGAUCGAAUGAUUACUGUGUCUCUUCAUCGACAUACAUGUUUACUAAUUUGAAAAACGACGGCGAAAAAUUAUCGUCUAAAAUGGAUAAGAAUACAUCAGACUCUGUAUCGACGAACAGCUCGGUAGAUAAAAGUAAUGAAGAAAAUACGUCGCUUUUGUGCGAAAAGGACGAUCUACCAAUAUUGGAAUGGUCAAGCGCUAAUCCACCUUCAUUGACUGCAUCACCGAGCGCUAGUAUUCUUAAGCGUUAUCGAUCGACCGUUUCAGAACAGGAUUCAGAUCAGAUAACUCCUAAUAAGCGAAAACGAGUGAGUUUUGCGGAUCCACCAGUGUCGAAAGAGAUGGGCUAUGAGACUUCUAUCACAGACUCUCCGCAUAAGUCCACUAAAUUUUCUAUGGCGCGCAGUCUCACUCCGAAGAAAGAUUCUCCUCUCAAGUAUAAGCAGCUCAGACUCAUAUCUCAUAAGCUUAUAUCUUCUGAAACGAACUUGACAACUGACUUGACAACUGAGAACGACGUUUCAAAUGAAAGUCGCGCUGAAUCUGCUUUAGAGACUGAGGAAGUGAAUGAACCGCUGAUAAAAACAUCCGAAGCGUACACAGACGACGUAGAUGAACAAAUAUCUAACAGCUCUUCGGAAAAUAACAGUAUCGCUCAAGGAAAUUCGGACAUGGAAACUGAUAUUGUCGAUAAUCUUGAGCAAGAAGUUGAGAUAACUGUGGACGUAUUGUCCAUUUGUGUCCCAGAAGAUGAAGAUCAAGAUCAACAGUUCUUAUCUCACAAAGUUGUACAAAAUACUGUGCCGAUAGACCGCGUAGAAACGGGAGACUCUGAAACACAGCAAGACAUCUUUGAUGGAUCGGAUACGAAGAAUAAUGGUUCAAUGAUCCAGACGAGUAACGAUGAGGUCACCAUGCCCAUUCAAAAUAAUUUGGCAGAUUCUAUUAAAUUAAACGUAACCAAUGAUUCUGUGAUAAAUGCUUUACCUGUCACAGGGGAUAAUUUGGAAGACACUGUAGAUAUCCAAAAUGUCACAGGAUUGAAUUCCACUGUGAACUCGGACGAAGUAUUUUGUGAAAAAUUAUCACGCAGCAGCACAUAUAUGAAUGCGAAGAAUGUGGCAGACCAAGAUACUUUGCCAGUAACAGACUCCAUAUUCGCAAGUUUACCCUCGAGCCAAGACAGCCGAUGCGAGGAUCAGAACAAUGUGGAACUUGAUCCUGAAUUUCUGGAUUCCAUACAGCCUAUUUAUCCGAAAUUGUCAUCAUGUCGAGAACCCAUCGAUACUGUCAUUGAUCUGUUGACUACUCCUUUGUGGAAACAGAACUUACAUACGUAUCUCACCAGUAGAAACUUGUUGACGAUUGGUGAUCUCGCUCAACUGUCAGAGCGCGAGAUUAACAGAAUACCUUUGAAAGGUAAGCCAAAGACUGAAUUUAUUAGAAAAGUGCUAAAACAUUAUGAAAGCACAUCUGGAAGUGUAUGCCGCAAAGAAAAUGUCCCGACAUUGAAAUACAUGUCACGAGAGAAAUCUCUCGACAACCCACCGAACCAGGCAAGAAACGUGUUAGUCAGGCCACUUUUUGAUUCUAUCGAAGCAGCAUCCACGUCAAUCAACAAUGAAUCUUUAAGCUGUAGUACACCGCUUACACGACCUACCGAGAAAUUGCUCGACAAUUUGUCGACUGAGAAAUCGCUCACAGAGCAUUUGGAUAGGACUAGCUCUAUGAGCAGCGACAUUUGUUCUACGGAUAUUUCAACAGAACAUGAAAAUGCUGACAUAUUAACGUCAGAUGCUUUUAUAGUAAAUGAAAAGACAAACACGAAAGCACCGAUUACUGUUCAUAGCUCACCUGGAAUAUCUACAAGUCCAAAUAAAUCAACGAUACUGCCAAUCGCGACCUCUUCGUCGAUCUCCAAAAAUCUUACAACCAUGACCGAAGUACCUUCGUCAAAUAAUAGUAUAAAUGUAUCAGCAAUUGUAUGUGACGAACCUGUCAUUACGCACACGUCUAUUGGUGUUGGUACCGAUGAAGUGUAUUCUUCAGAACCAGCUGUUAAUAAAACAACAAGAUCCGUUGAAUCUCAGAUGACACUUGAGGACUUACUGGAUGAAAUUGACAUAAAUGUUGUGUUGGAGAGUGCAGUUAGAAGAUGUAAUCCCGAAACUAUUCUAUCGCAAUACAAGAUAAAGAUGCGACACCUGUCCGAACCGGAUCUAGUGAAGGAAACUAUCCGAAUGCUUGGUUUACAGAACAAACGCCAGCUUAACGAUUCGUUAUUAAAAUCUAUCUGUCACUCUUACGGCAUCAACAAUGUUCUUCUUAGACUGCCUGAUAUCUUCAAUUCUGAUUCAAAAUUCUUCGAUAGAGUUUUUAAAGCGUACUAUAAGAAACUUGAUAUCGUUGAAUGUUUGCAAGUUUUCAAUUCUAACAAGUUGAAAAACGCGAUCUGCCAACAGUGCACGUCAUCCGAGCUCGUUGAGAUGCUGUCGGAAAAACUGAAGCAGGAGGAGCAAGAAGGUAUUAGGAAACCGAUACCAGAAAUAUCGAGCCUAAAUGCUAUGUUACAGAGAUUACCUAAGGAUGUUAUUAUUAGCCAUACUGUAGCAAACGAGGAUAUUAUUCCGGCGUCAGUGGUUUUGGAUAUUGCCUUGCAGAAUAAUAGCUCGGAGGAUAUAGCGCGAGCGUUAAGUGCUCAGUCUCCCAGCAGGCUUAAAAGUGUCUUGGACCAAUUUUUGCCGCCUCAGUCUAGUAUCGCGUGUGUCAGGAAUGCAGAUAAAUCCAAAGAGGAUUUGUUUGACACUUUCAAGAACGUAUGUUCUAAACUGACUAUGCAAGAACUGUUGGACCUAUAUCAUGAGGCUAUGACAAACAAGCUCCUCGUGAAGGAAGAAAUAAAUUAGAUUUACAAAAAACAAAAAUUGCACUAACGGGGUUCUAGACUCGCUGUCACAUUUAAUAGGACUGAUGUUUAGUAUUGAUGCGGUUCAUAACCAAAAAAAAAACGCUUUAUUCGUCCUCAAUGUCCUUCGUCUAACACUACGGCGUAUUUACAAAUUUCUCACUAGCGUCGCGUAAUCGCAUGACGAAUUCUCUAUAUUGUUUCUGAUUCCAUUUAAUUGUUACCCCUGAAUUGAAAUUAAAUACAAGUUACAUCGGUUCUACUUUUAAAUAUUUUUCAAGUGAAUUAGGUGCAUCAUACCUCUAUGUAUAUUCUUAUUUGUAAUAAUCUUAACGCAUUUCUCAUAAACGUUAAUAUUAUAUUAAGCAAAUUAGAUAUUUUGUAAUUGUUUGUAGCACAAUGCAGUACAACUUGUAUAUAUUUGAAUGUUGAGAAAAGUUCUUCGCCAGUUUGGUUACAAAUUUAUACGGUAAUGCGGAUACGCAAAGAAAAUGAAAUUGGAAUGUAGAAUCUUGAAAUUUCGAUUAUUUUCUUAAAAUUGCAAUCUUGAAUUUUUGUAAACUUGGUCCUUACGAUUAUAUAAUGUUUAUAUUUUUGUAACCAACAACUAACACGUUUUUUGUGUGUGCACAAUUAUAACUGUUGGCCACAUUUAUUGUGUGAGUUGGUGAUGUCGCGCGACUAAGUUAUGAAUGCUAUAUUUAUAUUAUAUUAUUUUUGUACAGAGUAAUUGCCUUUUUUAUAAAUAAGCAUUUCAUGAAAUUAAGCAAUUGUCAGAUGAUUAUUUAUUUCUUCAAACACAAAUUUCUCUCGAGUUACAAAAUAUGUAACAUCUGUGUGUAACAUUUUGUGAAAUUUAGUACAUCAUCGUUUUACUGCAUUAUUAAUCAGACUUUAAUUUUGCUUACAUUAGCGUGAAAUAGUAUUCGAAUCAUAUAAAUUAUAUUUUUAACAUGCGAUUACUGACGAAUUGAACAAAUAUAUCUGUAAAAGAUGUUAGUUCCAUAAAAUAAUCUUUCUGGACUCGAAGUGUUGAUACAUUUACAUUUUUAAAUAUUUCAA